CCGGCAGAACGAUCUUGGUUCAACACAAUAAUAUAGCGAAUCGACGCGCGCGCACGUAUGUAGGCGGCGAAAACGGCGCGAAAUUUAACCCGCGAGAUAUGUGAACGAUUCUAAUUUGACAGCUUAAAUAUUUUUUUUUUAUUAAGUAUAUGUAUUUUUUUUCUUGGUUCUUAUAAGGAUUUAGUACUUUUAAACAAUGAAGUUAAUAGUGCUGUGCUGUGCAUGUGUCUUGACAGUGGUGGGACAGGAUAUCGAAGCGAUGCGGAAACUGCCCAAGUAUGACUCGAGAUAUGACUAUUUAGAUGUAGACGGGCUUUUUAAUAGUAAACGGCUAGUGAGGAACUAUGUGGACUGUUUGAUUAAUGGACAAAGGUGCACGCCUGAAGGAAAAGCGCUGAAAAGGCUCCUGCCAGAAGCAUUAAGAACGAAGUGCGUCCGAUGCACAGAAAGGCAGAAGAAAAUAGCAGUGAAAAUAAUCAGGAGGCUCAAGUAUGAGUACCCGGAAGAGUGGGCCAAACUCUCCGCAAAGUGGGACCCGACGGGCGACUUCACGCGGUACUUCGAGGUGUUCCUCGCCAAAGAGCAGUUUAAUACCAUCUCUGGAAAUGCUGACGAGAUCCCUGUAUCCCCACUGGCGACGCCCCGGCCUCCGCCACCCACGACAGUUCCGAGUACUACACCACCUACAGCGAGUCCAGUGACCACCACCACUCUACCAAAUCCUGUACUGCUUAAUAGGUUUGGUGACGAAGAGACGAUGGUAGGCAGCCCGUCCUCUGCGGUGCCGACUCCGCGGCCGACCUUAGCUACCACUGCGAAGACUUCGAAACCUACCACAAUGAGAGCGCCGGUACCACCGAGACCAACUCCCGUGUCUUGGGCGAGCGUAGGAGCAGACUCAAUGCCGACUCGGUACACGCUGAGGCCGAUCAACGAAAUGCCUUUUGUUUACACCACAGCAAUCACUUUCAUCGACCAAAUAGGCAUCAAGAUAAUAAGGACAACCGAACUUGUCACUGAUAUUCUGAAGAACACAGUAAGAGCUGUGGUAGGAUGAUAAUAUUGUAAAAAAGAACACAUUUUUUUUAUAAAGUGCCUUAACACACUGGGACGCCACGGCGAUGACGCUGGCUACGUAGCCAUAGCUGUCUCUGGCUACUUACCGUAGUCAAAUGACGUUGCUAAAUAAGUAGGUAGCACAAAAACAACAGUAGCUAACAAAAACACGCGAUCAUCCUGGCGAUCAGUUGGUCACUGAGGGACGAAGGCGUAACUUACUUGUAUGCAAAAUACUAGUGACUUUUCGACUGGUCGCUAGAGUAUCUAAUAAAAAAGAGUAUCUAAUAUCUCCAUGUCGGGGCCGGACGGUUGUAGCUACGCUUUCGAAUAUUGGUGACGUCGCCAGACCGUAGCCAAGUGAGUUAAUCAUCAUACAUUUCAAUACGAAUUGUUUGGAUACGUAGCCGGCGAGGACGCCAUGGCAUCCCAGUGUGUUAGCGCUAUAAGGGUGACCGCAACUUAUUUUAUAAAGAAGUUAUGCAAAGAAGAGGCGACCUGCAAGACCUAUGCGAUCAUCGUUAGCGUACCGUCAACUAAGGCGUUAACAGAUUUUUUUUAUUAUAUUGCUCCAUCUUGUUUGAAGGAACAUUACUCAUUUUUUUUUUAAUAGAUACAUAUCAAAAAUUAUGGCAGGAUUCUAACUUUGGGUAUCUCUGGUCAGGGCAUAGCGCCGCGAACGCCUUUGGCCACUAGGCCUCGGUUGCCCUAUCUUUCAGUGCUAAUAAAAUUGUCAUGGAAUUAAAAAAAAAACAUUAGUGCGUUUAAGCGCGGUUGGAAUAAAACUUGUUUGACGUUGCGGCAAAUAAAAUAAAUGCCAAGUCAUAUUAGAAAGCCAAAUAAGGCCAAGUCAUGUUAGAAAUCAGUAGUUUUGAAAAUGAGUCGUAGUAAAAGUAAAUAUAGAACUUUUAAUCCACGGCACUGACUAAGUACUUGGUAGUUACUUCAAAACACCUCAACAAGACAGCUGUUCUGUUUGGCGGUCUCUUUUAAAUAUGGAUGGAAGUAAGGUGGAUCUAAGUAACUUUUAAAGCGCGCCUAAAGAAAUAUUACUUCAAAAUCUCACUAAAACCCGCCCUAUCGUGUUUGCAAUUUGUGGAGUCUAUAUCUAGUAUAAACUAAUCUGAACUAGAAAAUAAAGACUUGGUUCGAAUUGAUAUUUUGUAGAAAAAAUCAAGAAAAUUAGAAACGAUUUUAGAAAUUAAAUUAUAUAAUAAUGAAGAGUUGAUAGAGGUGAUAAUAUUAUGUUGCUGUGACAUAAAAUUGCCAGUGCACUUUUAGCUAUUAUUUCGACAAAAUACGGCCAUGUCUGUUUACCUAUCAUUUCAAAGAAAAUUCACUAUGACUUCGUUGAAUUGUAGAAAAUUACUUAAAGAUACCUGCUACCUAUCAAAAUUAUUCAAUUAUUAAGUUAUUAAAUUGGUUGACUUAUAAAAAUUAUUAAAAGGUAUUUAAAUUAAGUAAAAUUAAGUUAUUAUAGUACUUACAACUUAAGCGUUCUUACUUCGUAAAUUAAGGUCAUAUUUUUUACUUAUAUAAUACUUUGUUAACAAUACGAGAUUAUUAUUAUUAAGUAAGGACCCAACCUUCUCCUGUCUGAACUAUCAGACUAAAUAAGUAGCUACCUAGGUACAUCCCGGAAAAUUACUGGUCUGGGAGCACAUUAUUAGAAAUUUCUAUAAGUACCUAAUUCUAUACCGUGCUAAUAAAGUAGUAGAUAUACAUAUGAAUCCAUAUGGAGUCGAUUAGAUUGCUCGCUCGUUUAUAUGUUCUGCCCCCUAAGGAUAAGUUGAUCAAGCAUUUAAUAUGCAAUAAGCUCUACAACAUCACAACACCAACUUUAUAGUUGCUAAAGAAUAUGCAUUGAUACCUAGGUAUAAUUCUUAUAGAAACGAAAAAAUACAAAAUCAUCCCAUAUCAUCUCAGGUAGGUGUCAAUUUGAUCUAGACACAGAUUUACCACGAUUUUCAGUAAAAUAUUACCUAUGUAAGGUGUUUAAUUAAGUUAUAUUGUAAAAUAGAAAUAAAAUAGAAUACCUAGUUACAUAUUAAUACAUAAUUAAGUAAUAAGAAUAAAAUGUUAAAUUAUUAUUAAUUGUAAAGAUUAAUUCGUAUUGAAAUGCUCCACUCAAUUAAGUUUGUAAGAUAUUUUUUUAAGUUAAACGAAGCAGUGACUCAAUAAAUAUAAUAUGUUCUA